CCAAUAGGGAGCUCCUAAUUUCUCCAAUCAGGCAUUGCAAUCCAUCACAACUCCUGCUGAACUGGUUAACAGCUUCAAUUGCCCUGGUAAUAUCCAGCAGCUGAGUGUGCAGUGUGAGGAGCUGCUGCUGCUGCCACUUUCCUCUAUGAGCUUGUGAGAAGCAAAGGAGAUGAUGAAUUCAGAGGAGAACGAAGCUUUUAGUGAAUUGGUUUCUGCUGCUGCUCCCUUUAUUAUUCCUCCCAAGACCCUUCCUCUGUUCUUUUUCUUCUCCUACUCCUCUGGUCAUUGGGACUGAUUCAUAAGUCAUGAGAUGGAUGCUGGUCAUACAUUGCUGUGGAGCAAGACUCACAGUAGAAGAGGACAGUGACUGAGAUCCCAACAGUUUGGCAGCUUCCUCCUCUCUUGUCACAUUUCUGUCCCUCUCUCUCUGGAAACACAAAAAAGCUGGGACACUUAGUUCAUCACAGCCUGGUUCCCUCUACAUGGCUCUAUCAGAGAUGUAUCUGGACCCUGUCAGUUCCACUGGAAUUACAUCUCGCAUUUUGAAGUCUGAAGUGUGCUCAAGCUCAGCAGUCAAACUUUACAUCUCCUGGAACUGAUAUCUCUUUCCCUCUACAUGGCCGUACAUUUGGUCUCCGUUUUCCUCCUACUGACUCAAUGUCGGGCAGCACCUUUCGACUACCCACUGCCAACAAAUAGUUCCCUGUCUGAAGCUCUUCAGAUGGAAGUGGGAGAAAUCAAUACUACAAGUGAACAAUUCUUAUUCUCUACUCAGCCCCCGGGUACAUUUCGCCGAACACCACAGACUAUUAUUAUUGGAGUACGGAAAGGUGGGACCAGAGCUUUGCUAGAGAUGCUGGACAUUCACCCCAACAUUGCAGUAGCUGCGACUGAAGUGCAUUUCUUUGACUGGGAUGAGAAUUACAUCAAAGGGAUUGAGUGGUACAGGAGUCUUAUGCCAUAUUCAUUUGAAAAUCAAAUUACUAUAGAGAAAACGCCAGGCUAUUUCACAUCUCUGCAGGCACCAGAAAGGAUUCAUAGCAUGAACAGCUCAAUUAAAUUACUUCUAAUUCUGAGAGAUCCAACCGAGAGGGUCAUAUCGGAUUAUACCCAAGUAUACUACAAUAGACUUGAAAAUCACAAGCCCGUACAACCCUUUGAGGGCAUCGUGAUUAAAAAUGGUGCACUUAAUACCAAAUAUAAGGCUAUCCAAAGGAGCUUGUAUGAUGUGCAUAUGGAGAGAUGGCUAAAAUACUUUCAUUUGAAUCAGAUUCAUAUAGUGGAUGGUAACACUUUAAUAAAAACACCUCUUACCGAACUGCAGAAGGUAGAAAGGUUCCUUAACCUUCCUCCUAGAAUUGUGUCUUCAAAUUUUUACUUUAACCAAACCAAGGGAUUCUACUGUAUCCGAAGUGAUGGGAGAGAGAGGUGUUUACACGAGUCCAAAGGGCGCCCCCACCCUGUAGUCAACGAAACCGUCCUGGAGCAACUUUACUCCUACUUCAGAGAACACAAUCACAGGUUCUACCAAAUGGUCAAUCAGUCUUUCGACUGGCAUUAACCCUAUGUACUCUGUGAAGACAACAAAACUUGUGAAAGUGCUAAACUGUGAAUAUCUAUACCAACAAUACGUUUUUGAAACAUUUUGUGCAGCUAACAAGAAAAACUAAAACAAAUGGGAUGUAAAGUGUCACCUACCCUCCCACUCAAGAUGUUUGCCAUAAUGCAAAAAGAUACAUUGGAGAUAAUUUUGUUUACAGAGAAAAUGGGACCCCAAGCAAUUUCUUUUGUGUUGUGCAUACAGAUCUAUGAAUGCAUUACUACGAUUGGCCAAUCCUUUUGUUUUCUAUAUGUGAUGUAGAUACCUAUCUAGGCCUUGUGCAGUAGGAAUUGUUAGCAAAACUUUGAUAAAUAACUAAUCUUUGCUAUGGUAAUAAACAAAUAAUGUUUCAUAUAAUGUGUUUAAAUGGUAAAGUAACUAAUUUUGUAUAAUGAAUAUAUUGCUGUCUUUAAAAUAUUUUGUUUUGUUUUAAUUUUUAUUAAAACCUCUUGAUACAGGUCUUAGGGUAUAGUAAUGGAAUGUAAAGCACUUUGAUUAGUAUCUCGAAUUAUAUCUGUUACUUUUGGUCCAGUAGGAUAUAUAUAUUUUUUUUAAACGGGCCAGGUUGGGUUUAAAAAAAUAAAAUAAAUACUUGCCUGAUCCCCACUGCUGCUUAUUAAAUCCCUGCUGGUCAUGGUGGUCACCAUUUCCUGGUUCCAUCUUGAUGAAUGGAAAUACCCACUUAGCUAUUUUCUGGCCGCAGCAAUAACUUCUCAGCCAGUGAUUGGGUGAGUGGGCAUUAACCAUGUGUCAAGACUGGACUAAGGAAUAUAGAUUAGCAGGGACUCAGUAGGCAUAAGACCAGCAGCAAUGGAGAUCAGGCAGGUGAGUUAGGUUUCUUUUUUAACCCAGUCCCAUCCCUUUAAAAAAUUAUAUAUCUUACAGGAAAAAACUUUUUUUUGUUUUUUUUUUGUUAAAACUUUUUACCUAGUUAAAACCAGUUUUUACCACAUGCAGUUGUUAAAACUAGAAUUUACUGCUUUUCUUUAGUUAAAACCAGCAGUUUAAACAAAUGUAUUCAAUAACAACUGGUUUUAACUAGGAAAAAGCAUUAAUUCUAGUUUUCACAAAGGCUUUCAGGAAGAACUGGUUUUCCCUAGGAUAAACCCUUUCAAACAUACAGACUAAGGCUGGAAACAGACAAAGCGUUUUCUAAAAUCACUACAUGCAUUUUUUUCUAAAGAAAUUGUAGCUUUUUUCCCUCCCAUAGACCUCUAUAAUUUAGAAAUAGAUUUACACUGCUCAAAAUAAUAAAGGGAACACGAAGAUAACACACCCAAUAUCAGAAUGAAUGAACUAAUCGUAUGCAAUACUUUCUUAUUUUCAUAGUUGAAUGUGCUGACAACAAAAACACACAAAAAUUAUCAAUAGAAAUCAAAUUUAUCAACCCAUGGAGGUCUGGAUAUGGAGUCACACUCAAAAUCAAAGUAUAAAACCACACUACAGGCUGAUUCAACUUUGAUGUAAUGUCCUUAAAACAAGUCCAAAUUAGGCUCAGUAGUGUGUGUGGCCUCCACGUGCCCGUAUGACCUCCCUACAAUGCCUGGGCAUGCUCCUGAUGAGGUAGUGGAGGGUCUCCUGAGGGAUGUCCUCCCAGACCUGGACUAAAGCAUCUGCCAACUCCUGGACAGUCUGUGGUGCAACUGAUGGAUGGAGCGAGACAUGAUGUCCCAGAUGUGCUCAAUCGGAUUCAGGUCUGGGGAAUGGGCGGGCCAGUCCAUAGCAUCAAUGCCUUCCUCUUGCACCAACUGCUGACACACUCCAGCCACAUGAGGUCUAGCAUUGUCUUGCAUUAGGAGGAAUCCAGGGCCAACCGCACCAGCAUAUGGUCUCUCAAGGGUCUGAGGAUCUCAUCUCGGUACCCAAUGGCAGUCAGGCUACCUCUGGCAAGCACGUGGAGGGCUGCGCGCCUCCCCCCCCCCCCCAAAAAAAAAUGCCACCCACACAGUUUUUGACCCACCGCCAAACCGGGCAUGCUGGAAGAUGUUGCAGGAAGCAGAACAUUCUCCAUGGCGUCUCUAGACUCUGUCACAUCUGUCAAAUGUGCUCAGUGUGAACCUGCUUUCAUCUGUGAAGAGCACAGGGCGGCAGUAGCGAAUUUGUCAAUCUUGGUGUUUUCUGCCAAAUGUCCUGCACGCUGUUGUGCUGUUAGCACAAUCCCCACCUGUGGACUUUGGGCUCUCAUGGAGUCUGUUUCUGACCGUUUGAGUGGACACAUGCACAUUUGUGGCCUGCUGGAGGUCAUUUUGCAGGACUCUGGCAGUGCUCUUCCUGCUCCUCCUUGAAAAAAAGGCAGAGGUAACGGUCCUGCUAUUGGGUUGUUGCCCUCCUAUGGCCUCCUUCACGUCUCCUGAUGUACUGGCCUUUCUCCUGGUAGUGCUCUGGACACUACGCUGACAGACACAGCAAACCACCUUGCCACAGCUAGCAUUGGUGUGCCAUCCUGGUUGAGCUGCACUACCUGAGCCACUUGUAUGUAUUGUAGACUCUGUCUAAUGCUACCACUAGAGAGAAAGCACCGCUAGUAUUCAAAAGUGACCAAAACAUCAGCCAGUAAGCAUAGGAAGUGAGAAGUGGUCUGUGGUCACCACCUUCAGAACCACUCCUUUAUUGGGGGGGUGUCUUGCUAAUUGCCUAUAAUUUCCACCUAUUGUCUGUUUCAUUUGCACAACAGCAUGUGAAAUUGAUUGUUAAUCAGUAUUGCCUUCUGAGUGGACAGUGUGAUUUCACAGAAGUGUGAUUGACUUGGCGUCACAUUGUGUUGUUUAAGUGUUCCCUUUAUUUUUUUGAGCAGUGUAUUAAUAUAGGCUUAUGUAUGUUCUGUUUCCCCCCCCCCCCCCUGUGUCACCUGAUUCUUUCCUCAUGUGACUUAAGAAUUUGUAUUGAAGAAUGCGGGGGGGGGGGGGGGGGAGGUGUUACAUACAUGCACACAUGUAUUGUUUCUGGUGUUUGUUUUUUUUAAAUAGAAAUCACAUGACCAAUGAAUCCCAUAACCGGUGAUGAGAAAAUUGCAGGAGGGGAAGCGGUAACAGUACAGAAAAGUGUCUAUACUUAAGCAUACUAAUUUUUUGGGGGGGGGGGGGAAAUGCAAAAACUGAAUCAUGGUGGUGAAAAAUAGGGAGCUUUUAGGUAAAAAUAAAUUUAAAA